UAAGAAACCAUUCUUGUCAAAUAAAUAGCAGCUGCACAAACAUCAGGGGAUCACGAUUUUGCACUUGUCAGGCUGAGGUAAUUACCGAUGGAAGAAACUGUACAGGUACUAUGAUGUUUUUCUUUGGUUUACGCUACGAUUAGGAUUUUAGGAUUUAAUGGUGGUGAGUGGGGGAGGCGGUGAGGAGUGGGCUUUCUGUGAAGGCUUUUGAUGGCCGACAACCCUGAGUGGUUGGAUUAGGAUGGAGGCUUGAGGGAGAAACCUCGUAACUGUUUGCGGUCCAUUAAAAAGGCAGUAACGGUGUUGACGAAAAAUUGUCAUCAUAUCACGUAGUUUUCUAAUGAUGCCGUUUGUCUUAUUUAUUUUAGAAAGAAAUCGAACAAUGAUGUUUCCACAGUACUACAACUUUCCCGGAAGACGUUUAAAAAACCAUGUUAUCCGAAGCGCAAACGUCAAGAACUUGGAUGACUGUGUACUCUUUUGCUACCUGAAUGACAACUGCGUCAGUCUAAACUUCAAGAAAAAUGCAGAGCUUGGGGGAAUAGGUUAUAUCUGUGAAGCAAAUAAUGCCACUCAUCUUGAUUAUGACAUUGAUCUGAUAGAUAAUGGCGUUUUUUAUUAUCACGGUUCGAAGGUGAGUAAUUGGUUACUCAAAUUCUGAAACGUACCUUUUUGGUCUUUUUGUGUAAGCUUUAACACGCUUGUUAUUUAGUCUCAUGGACUCUUUAUUUUUCGAUUUUGCAUUCUUUCAUCUUUCCUCUUUAUGGUUGCUUCGCUUGCACAUUAAAUCUUUCAUGUGUACCUUCCAUCUUCCUUGCGUCAUUUUCUUUACCCAUUUAAUCAUUUCAUCUCACUAUAAUUCUGUUUUCCUUUAGAGUGCCUGCGGUAAGAAUUCACCGUGCCAAAAUAAUGCAGCUUGUCAGUCUGGUUUCACAUCAAAGGGAUAUCGAUGCUUAUGCCCUCUUGGAUUCGAGGGUGAAAACUGUGAAAAAGGUACGUUUCAGAAUCAUUUUUCAAAAAUUUUAAUAGGAUCUUUGUGUUAAUAUACACGACUGCCACUACGGUGGUUAACGAAGCUUUGAAAUUUUCUUAAUUUUAUGAACUUUUUUUUUGUUUUAAUUUUUGUUUUCCAUGUUUCUUUUGAGCGCAAUCUGCAUUGGCUGUAUGGCUAUCGGAAGAAAAAUGACAGACUGACUUUAGCGUCUUUAAUAAAAAAUGUCUCCUUCCUUCUUUAUCCCUCCUCCUCUCCUUCUUUCAGUCUGUAACAAGCAUCGAGGAAUGCGCCUGAGCAGCUCCUCGUUUAGUGCGAGCUUCACUAUUUAUCUACUGGGCUUCUGUGUCCCUUUAUUUUGAUUAAAUUAAUCAGGUAGAAUACCCUCGUGAAAGCGAGAAAUAACAAAGACUUGUGAAUUAACAUUUUAGUUGAAAAUGACAGCAUCAUGCGUAAGAACUAUUGUUUCAUAAAGAACUGAAUACAGCUAUUUCAAUUUACGUUGUCGGAUCAAAGCCUCAAGCCUAUGGGAUCUUAAUGAAUAAUUAUCAGCAAAAUUAACAAUGCCUCGUCACAUCUGUUCUUGUUGCUCUUUGUUAAGACGCGCAAGGCAAUACUAAUUGUAUUUUCAGCCUCCAUGUCCAUCUCGCCUAAAAUUAAUUCUAAUCUACCCAUACCGCCUUUCGGUCUUGUCCCGUACCCUUGAAGCUUUGAUCCGACAACGUAAAUUGAAAUAGCUGUAUGUUUUAAAUACUCGUCGCUAUAAAAUAAGUAGAUAAAUUCACAAAAUACAGGUAUCAGGAUAUGAUAAAAUGUAUUCAAAAACUCAUUAAUAAUUCAUAAGCCCAUUAACCUAUCAAAUGGUAGAUAAUACAUCACGUGCAGUGACUUUAUAUCGAUAAACCUCAUCCUUAUUAGUAUGCGGUGUUUUAUCAGAUAUAAAGACACUGCACGUGACUUAUGAAUAUUAAUUAAUUAUCAACACAGAAACUGACACAACAAAUGGUGGGAACAUAUUUAAUGUUCUUUCAACAAAUUUCACACAGUAAAUUUACUUUUGCACCAAAUUAAUAGUACAGUUGUGAAAUACACAUCUGGAAAAAUUCUCUAUUCCAUUAGUACAGUAAUCUGGUAAAGGCAUAUUAGACAAUACAUCAUCUGAAACUUCGAAUUCAAAAUCAGUCGGCAGAAGUGACUCCAACUCGUUUUAGCUAACCUCUGCGUUUGACCUUUUGCCAGUAGUCUCCCUAUUUUCAGGGGGGCCUAAAAUCUUGCUAACCUGGUGUUCUUGCUCAACACUGGACUUUUCGUAUUUAAACAAGGCAUUUGAUCGAUGACCUGUUCUCUCUCUAAUUGACCUCUCCUCUAAUGUUUUUCUCGUAUGCUAAUUUCUAACGUUCACAAAAGCAUAAUUGUUAUGAACUCUCUUGACACACGCUUUUCCAAGAAUGUUUUUGAAGCCGUUCAAAAAACUCGCAGCACGUGUUUUAUCGGGUCAAAAACCACUCGGCUACGCCUCGUGGUUUUAAACCCGAUAAAACACUCCUGCUCGUUUUUUAAACAUUACAUGAAACCCUUUAGAAAAGUAAACCGCCAUGUUGCUGAACCAGGCUAUCACGGCGACAUUGCCAUCUUGACACGAUAAGAGACAAAUGAUACAAAUUUUUUUUCAAGCAGUAAAUCGUAUUUGCCUUGCUCCCAAUAUGUGGCUUUGAACUUCAGUUGUUAGUUCAGUUGUUUGAAACCCUUCGAAGCCUGGAUUUAAUUUUUUUCGUUUUUAGACUUCUAUACUGCAGUUUAAUGAUGCAGUUAAAGGAUGCUUUCACCGGCUGCACAGACCGGAUUACAGUGGUAGGUUAUUGUCGUGAAAUGUUAUUUCACAAUUUUACUGUGGCGGCCUGUCUUUCCCUACGACGAUUGUCAAGGUUGUAGUCCUUAUAUAAGGCAGCCAUGAUCCCUCUACUUCAGAAUUAAUUUUUGCUAUCCAAUGUCCUCCCGUAAACUCAAUUGUUAAAACACGACACCC